UAAACCGCGGCGCUGAACCGGGGAUCCUCCGGGCUACGGUUACCGGGAGGAGCACGGCACACGGCGGACAGCGCGCGCCGACAUCACUGCCUCCACCGAGCAUGCGGUCCCGGGAGCUUUCGGCCGGCACCGGAUAACAACGAGGACGUAGGAGACGGAGGAAGGACACGAGUGGACGAGUGGACGUAUACCUCUCCUCGGGGUGGGAGGACGAGCCCAACCGAGCCCAACCGAGCGGAGCCGGAACCGCCGCGAUGCUGUAGCCCGAACCAUGGACAGCAGAAUAAAGGAGAAGCCCGACAGAACCUUUGAUCUGGUUCUACAGGUGUCCUGUCCCACCUCUGAACAUGAAGAUCCAACCGUGCUGUGGAGCUUCCCCCAGGACCACACCGACCAGGAGGUCCUUCAGACGAUACCAAAGUUCUGCUUCCCCUUCGACGUGGAAAGGGUUUCCCAGAACCAGGUGGGGCAGCACUUCACCUUCGUGCUGACGGACAUCGACGGCAAGCAGAGGUUCGGCUUCUGUCGACUCACUCAGGCCUGCAGGGUCUGCAUCUGCCUGCUCAGUUACCUGCCGUGGUUUGAGAUCUUCUACAAGCUGCUGAACACGCUGGCCGACUACCUCACCAAGCAGCAGGAAAACGACUUGAACGACAUGCUGAAUUCUCUGUAUGAUCUGCCGGUGCCGGAGCCCUUCACGCCCGUCAACCUGAGUGUGAACGAGCGCUUGUACAUUGCCACCGGGCGAGUGCUGAGGGAUCGGCGGAGCGGGGAGCCGCACUCCUACUUCAUCGCCCCGGAUAUCAACGGACUGCCGACCAUCCCCGAGAGCAGGAACCUGACGGAGUACUUUGUGGCGGUGGACGUCAGCAACAUGCUGCAGCUCUACGCCUGCAUGCUGCACGAGCGCCGCAUCAUCAUCACCUCCAGCAAGCUGAGCACGUUGACGGCGUGUGUCCAUGGUGCUGCUGCUCUGCUGCUCCCGAUGUUCUGGCAGCACAUCUUCAUCCCGGUGCUGCCGCCACACCUGCUGGACUACUGCUGCGCCCCCAUGCCGUACUUUGUGGGUGUUCAUCUGAGUCUGCUGGAGAGGGUACGCGGCCGCUCCCUGGAGGACGUGGUCAUCCUGAACGUGGACACCAACACGCUGGAGAAUCCUUUUGACGACCUGCACCACCUGCCCAGUGACGUGGUGUCCUCUCUGAAGAGCAAGCUGAAGAAGCAGUCCACGGCAACAGGAAGUGGCGUGGCGAGGGCCUUCCUGAGGGUGCAGGCCGCUCUGUUCGGAUCCUACCGGGACGCACUGAGAUACAAACCCGGCGAGCCGAUCACCUUCUGUGAGCAGAGCUUCGUGAGCCAUCGAUCCAGCACCAUGAGGAACUUCCUGUCCAUGGCCGUCAACCUGCAGCUCUUCAAACAGUUCAUCGACGGACGUCUCGCCAAAUUGAACGCAGGCCGCGGCUUCUCGGACAUGUUUGAAGAGGAGAUCACAGACGGCGGCUUCUGUGGAAGUAACUCCCGGUCGUACCAGCAGUGGAUGCACACGGUGAAGAGAGGAGGAGCGCUCAUCAACACGGCAGUGACUAAAGCCAGGAGUCAUGCCAAGAGGGGCAUCCGGGACUUUAAGGGCCGGCUCAAAGCGAGGGAAGAAGAGGAGGACGGGGUGAUGGUGUGUGAGGGGUCUCCCACCAGCACCAAGAGCCUGUCGCCACGGAGACUGCAGAAGAUGAGACGGCAAAACUUCAACAAGUACCCCGUGACCUCGGGCCCUCGGGGUCGCGGGCUCGACGACGACGAGCUGGACAGCGCAAGCAAGAUCUCCUCGGAGGACAGCGGGGACGUCCCCUCGUACGCCGGGGACAGCGACGAGUCUCUGGAGGCCGACUCGUCCCGCCCGGGCCAGAUGGACCUGCUGGAGGAGAUCCUGGACUCGCUCAGCGCCUCCACGGCGGACCGGGGCAAGCUCAGCGCCGCCAAGAGCCUGGACUUCUUCAGGUCCAUGGAGGAUCUGGACUACAAGGGCCCGAGCAAAACCAGAGAACCGCCGCCUGCAGACGAGGGACGCCGUGACGGAGGUCAUGGAGGCCGUGACGGGGGUCAAGGAGGCCGUGACGGGGGUCAUGGAGGCCGUGACGGGGGUCAAGGAGGCCGUGACGGGGGUCAAGGAGGCCGUGACGGGGGUCAAGGAGGCUGGAACAUGGGCCAGGACGACAGCGCGGUGCACGGUAAGCACCUCCCCCCGUCUCCACGCCGCCGGCCCAGCAAGAGCAGCCUGAAGGGGAGCCAGAGCCCCGCGGCGGCGGCGCCCGUCGUCACGAACACGCCCCCGGCCCCGCAGGAGGCGGACCCCUCCAGGUCGUACCCCCGUCCGCUCGACCGCCUCCCCCGCUCUCUGGCUCUGGCCCCUCCCGCUUCCUCUCGCGCCCGCGGCUCUCCGGCGCUUCUCGACUCCGACUCGGACCGAUCCCCCGAGCCGGCGGGCCGGUGCCGCGCCGCCUCGGACCCGCGGGGCCGCGCGGACCCGCCGGCCCCGAGCCAAGCGGCCCCCGCCGGCGUCCUGAGGAGGAAGGUGCUGUCCAAGGAGACCGUGAGGCACUACCAGGAGAAGGCCCUGAGGAGGCGCAGCAGCCAGGUCCACCAGGAGGAGGAGGAGGAGGAGGAGGGGGAGGGGGGCCCGGCGCCGACCGGCCCGACGCCACCCGUACAGGUCCCGUGGGAGAAAGAGGCGACCGAGGAGGGGGGAGGCCUGGGCCCGGGUCAGGGGGCGGGGCAGGGGCGGGGCCUCCUGGAGGAGAUCCAGUCCAUGUGCAGCCUGCAGCUCUCACAGAACCAGCAGGACCAGAACCAGCAGGACCAGAACCAGCAGGACCAGGACCAGCAGGACCAGGACCAGCAGGACCAGAACCAGCGGGACCGGUCAUAGCGGACAUCAGACUCUCUUCACUCUGUUCCAACAUGUCGAUCUCAGCGCUCCGCGGCAGGAAACAGGAAGUAGAACUCUUCAUCUUUAACCACGUGCGGAGAGAAGAGUCCCAAGUGAAGGAACCCUUCAGGUGUCGAGGGAACUCGGUCCCUCCAUCGUUGUCUCCUCUCGUCCUCCUGAGUCUCUUUGAACGAGUUGAAUCCACGAGGUCAGGAUGCUUUUGUGUUUUCGGUAUCUUCCACUUGUUUUAAGAACUUCAUAAACUCGACUAAAAGGAGAUUUUCUGCAGCCGGAUUCAAACAAAAUGUUUUUGUACAUCGUCUAAAUUUCAUUCGACGUGUUUUAUAAUUUCAUCUUUUAACAUUUUCACAAUCAGAAAAACACGAAACCCAAAACUUUACAACCGGCGAUGGAGGAGUCUAACACCUGGAGGAGUCUAAUACCUGGAGGAGUCUAACACCUGGAGGAGUCUAAUACCUGGAGGAGUCUAAUACCUGGAGGAGUCUAACACCUGGAGGAGUCUAACACCUGGAGGAGUGUUAGGUACUCGGGGGGGGGGGGGGGGGUCAGCAGGUUACAUUUGCACAACUGUCCUGACCCCCAGGCACAACGCCCUCUCCUGGAACUAAUACUACAGGUACAUGUACACAGGUCCAGGUACAUGUACACAUGUACAGGUCCAGGUACAUGUACACAUGUACAGGUCCAGGUACACAGGUACAGGUACAUGUACAUGUACAGGUACAUGUACAGGUCCAUGUACAGGUCCAGGUACAGGUACAGGUACACAGGUACAUGUACAGGUACAUGUACACAUGUACAGGUACUCUGAGGCUCUCCAGUCACUCAGCCUUCAGUAUUUAAUGGAUUCAUAUCAUAGUUCAUCUUUAUACGACGUGCUUUGAGCUGUUCUUCUAUCAGAUAACGUGCAUGUAGGAGCAAAGGUCAAAGGUCAAAGUGGCAAGGCCCUGUGUCCCGUUGUUCUUCCUCCUUCUCCUCCAUCGUCAUCAUCACUCUUCUUCCUCAUACUCUGCUUAUAACUCUCACUCUCAGAGCUCAUGUUGAUUAGAUUUGAUGUGGAAAGUGAACUUUAAAGGACGAGGCUGGUUUAUUAUUAUUAUUAUAUUAAUUAUUAUUAUUAUUAUUAUAAUAAUAACAAUUAUUAGUAUUAUUAUUAUUAUGACUGAAAACCAAAACAAUGCUAUAAUAUAAUUCCAGUUUAAAUCUGAGCAGUGAAUCUUUCCUGUGAAACAUUCCUUCUUCAAAUGAACGAAAGAGUUAGAAAAUACAACAAGAGACACAAAUCUCCUCUCUCUGUCUUUCUGUCUCUCUCUCUCUCUCUUUCUGUCUUUCUCUCUGUCUUUCUGUCUCUCUCUCUCUCUCUUUCUGUCUUUCUCUCUCUCUCUGUCUUUCUCUCUGUCUUUCUGUCUCUCUCUCUCUCUCUUUCUGUCUCUCUCUUUCUGUCUUUCUCUCUCUCUCUGUCUUUCUCUCUCUCUUUCUGUCUCUCUCUCUCUCUGUCUUUCUCUCUCUCUUUCUGUCUCUCUCUCUUUCUGUCUUUCUCUCUCUCUCUCUCUCUCUCUCUCUCUCUCUCUUUCUGUCUCUCUCUCUCUUUCUGUCUUUCUCUCUUUCUGUCUUUCUCUCUCUCUUUCUGUCUCUCUCUCUCUUUCUGUCUUUCUCUCUCUCUUUCUGUCUCUCUCUUUCUGUCUUUCUCUCUCUCUUUCUGUCUCUCUCUCUCUCUUUCUGUCUCUCUCUCUCUCUUUCUGUCUCUCUCUCUCUCUUUCUCUCUCUCUUUCUGUCUCUCUCUCUCUUUCUGUCUUUCUCUCUCUCUUUCUGUCUCUCUUUCUGUCUCUCUCUCUCUCUUUCUGUCUUUCUCUCUCUCUUUCUGUCUUUCCUCUCUCUUUCUGUCUCUCUCUCUCUCUCUGUCUUUAUGUCUUUCAGUCUUUCCUUCUUUCUUUUUUCCAGUUGUUCUCUCUUUCUUUCCGUCUCCCUCUCUCUCUCAGGGAGGCGUCUGUCUCUGGUCCGAGUCUCUCUGUGACGUCAUGAAGCACACGUAUGUAGCGUGUUGCUGUGGAGGUCUAACGUUUUAACGGUUUAUCGGUCUAACGGUCUGACGGUUACCGGUUUCAGGUUUUAACGGUCUAACGUUUUAACGGUUAACGGUCUGACGGUUACCGGUUUCACGGUGUCCGUUCCUCUGAGUACCGGACGCCGUGACGUCUGUGGCUUCUAGAAGAGGAGCGUCAUCCGUCCGCCGGCCGGAUUCUCAUAAUUCAUCGUAAACACUUUAAAACGUAUAUUUACUAUGCAAAUAUUUAAACAAAUGGUCAAAAAAGGUUUUAUUCACAUUAUUAAUGCACGAUUCUACUUGAAAAUCACAAUCAGUGUCGUCUGUGAACUGCGUGCCUUAAAGAGACAGUACCAGUAUUAUAGAGUUUAUGCAAAGCUUUCACACAUGAUGCUAUUUAUGAAUAUUAAUGAACGUAGCAUUGUUUUAUUGUUGAAUUGUUUUACUAUCAGUCACUCAGUUUAUUUUUAAUAAUCUUUAUUCCUCUGGUAUUUUGACUUGUAGGUUCUUUGCUCUAUGAGGUGAUUCAUUUUGUUGUUUGUGUGCUUUUAUUUUGUUAUUUUUUUCUCUUAAAAAAAGUGUUUUUAGUCUCUAGUUGAUUUGUUAUUGAUUGAAAAAAAAUUUAACAACUGAAUAGAUGUAUUUUUGCUGGCUUGAGUUUAUUUUACAUGGAUAAUAAUAUAUGAUUCUAUGACUCUAUGAUUAUUUGAUUCUAUGAUUCUUUGAUUCUAUGAUUCUAUGAUUCUUUGAUUCUAUGAUUCUACGAUUCUAUGAUUCUACGAUUCUAUGAUUCUUUGAUUCUAUGAUUCUACGAUUCUAUGAUUCUAUGAUUCUACGAUUCUAUGGUUCUUUGAUUCUAUGAUUCUUUGACUCUUAUGAUUCUAUGACUCUAUGAUUCUUUGAUUCUUUGACUCUAUGAUUCUAUGAUUGGUGCCGUAUGUAAAAAAAAAAAAAAAAUGGCACCUAAUAUUUGAAUGUUUUAGAUUUUAUUUUUCAAAGGGAAAACAAAUAUACAGAGACUAUAAAUAAUGUGUGAUGAUGAGCGUCUGACCCUCCAAUCACAAUCAGACCGAUGCUUGUUGCUACGCUACGCUAUGAUCGACUCCUUUUAAUGAUGAUUCUGGUGCUUCUAUGUUAUUACUUCAGUGUUUAGCUCUUCCAUCACAUCGAGGACGGCGGAGUAACUUUGGGUCUGGCACAUCCUGCUUUUCAUUUCACGUGUUCCUGACUGGAGACGCGUCCAGGGAGGAAAUAUUAAUAUAAUAACUAUUAUGAAACUCUGAGAACACAGAACACUGCAGUGUGAAGUAAUCAAUGAACAUAACGUGUAAUGUCCUGAAGUUGAACAGAUUAUGUAGCAGCGUUUACAGAGGUACGAUAUGGACUCAAGAUAUUAACUUUAUUCACCCUAAGAUUCAUAUUUAAGACAAACAACAACACAUUUUCACUAUAGUGACAAGUUACCGGAUAAAGCUUUAAAUAAAGUCUUUAAUAACUUCAUGAUAACAUCUACUGGAGCUUUAUGAAGUCUUAUUAUCUUUAAUAACAUCUACUGGAGCUUUAUGAGGUCUUAUUAUCUUUAAUAACAUUUAAUAUAGCUUUAUGAAGUCUUAUUAUCUUUAAUAACAUCUACUGGAGCUUUAUGAGGUCUUAUUAUCUUUAUGAAGUCUUAUCUUUAUGAGGUCUUAUUAUCUUUAUGAGGUCUUAUUAUCUUUAUGAAGUCUUAUUAUCUUUAUGAGGUCUUAUUAUCUUUAUGAAGUCUUAUUAUCUUUAUGAGGUCUUAUUAUCUUUAUGAAGUCUUAUUAUCUUUAUGAGGUCUUAUUAUCUUUAUGAAGUCUUAUUAUCUUUAUGAGGUCUUAUUAUCUUUAUGAAGUCUUAUCAUCUUUAUGGAGUCUCAUAUUUAAUAACAUCUCCUGGUUUCUGCAUGUUCUCAUAUCAGUAAACGACCUCCUGAGGUAUGACACGCGUACGCACUGUGAAAUAUUGAAUAAAUUAUAGUGUUUGAUGCUC